AUGGUGUUGAUGGUGGUCUUGCUGAGACCAAACUCUUUGACAAGCUACUUUAAUUUUAAAGUAACAGGAAGAAGAGCUGAAUCAUUGCCAUCAUUGAGCAAUAACAGCAACAUAGAGAAAAAGAAAAAACAUAAAAAACGACCAAAGAUCACGAAAAAAGAUAUUGGUUUGCCAAAAAAUUUCAUACAUAUCCAGCAUGUUGGUUGGGAUAAUGAUUUUGAUAUAUCGCAAUCAGAGGCACUAGAUCCACAAUUGAGGGACUUUUUUAAAUGUGCAGGUGUAUCUGAGAAACACUUGGCUGAUAAGCAGACAAGAAAUUUUAUUUAUGAUUUCCUCUCCAAAAAUAAUGUUAUGAAUGCAAUUAAAGAAGUAAAACCAGCUGGUCAACCUCCUCCAGUCCCUGCCAGAGAUGUUUCUGCAGCACAUCAUCAACCAAGUCCCGUACCAUCAACACGGGCGGCUGCACCGGCAUUACCAAUGCGAAAUGCUGCUCCACCACCACCUGUUCCACCCGUACCUCCAAACAGAGGUCCCGCCAUACCCCCACCACUUCCGCCAAGCAAUAAACCUACUUCGUUAUUAAUUUCAAAUACUACUCAACCCCCACUACCUCCAACAUCCAUGCGUGUCCCACCUCCUCUUCCUCCCACUCCGCCAGUACCCUCAGCACCCACUUCUGCUCCUCCACCUCCACCGCCACCACCGCCUCCUCCACCACCGCCGCCUCCUCCUCCUCCAGAUACCUGUCCUUCAGCUCAGAAUAAUGUAAAUAAUAGCAAAAGUAGUUUUCCAAUUUCAGAUGCUAGAUCAGCUCUUUUAGAAGGUAUUAGAAAAGGUGUUGCAUUAAAUCACGUGGAUGUCAACGAGGAGUCUGUUAAAGUAUCAUCGCCAAAUGACAGAAGUGCACUUCUAGACGAAAUACGUCAAGGCAUAGAGCUCAAACCGGUGUCUGAAGAAGUUAGGAAUGCGCCCACUUCUGCUCCUUUAGAGGGACUAGCCGGAGCUUUGGCGCACGCUCUUCAAGAACGUGCUCGAGCUCUGCAAGAAACAGACGAUAGCGAUUCGGAAAGCGACGAAGACGACGACGAAUGGGAAGAUUGAUUUUAGGAUUUCGAGUAAGGUUUGUAGGCGAGAUCUGCCGUACUUAAAACUUUCGGCGGCCAUCCGCCGUCAGUCUUCCCGUUUUUUCCCAGAGCGGGCAACGGACGAGUUGCCCUUACGUGCCAGAAUCCAUUUUUCUCCAACGAGAAUUCGGAAUAAGAUUUCCAACAUCGAUUUGGGUUCGGAUUUUUCGCUCUUUAUACCAAAGCUACGAUCGACGGACUCAAAUAUCACCUGUCCAAAUUAUAUUUUGUGUGGAUUCGGGUGGCAAUUUAUUGUUACGUUUUGUCAAUGAACGGGAAAUAAAUUAUGGCUUUCAUUACAGUUGUA